GUGACAUUGUGGGCUCUAUGGGUGCUAUGGGGCACCCAUGGGUGCUGAGGGGUCCCAUGGGUGCCCGCAGACGAUGGGCGGCUGGAGGAGCUCCGCGCGUCCCUUCCCAGCCCGGACGAGCUCCCCGGUUUCCGCAUGUUCCCCAUUGACUUCGAGAAGGACGACGACACCAAUUUCCACAUGGAUUUCAUCGUCGCCGCCUCCAACCUGCGCGCCGAGAACUACGACAUCCCGCCCGCCGACCGGCACAAGAGCAAGCUGAUCGCGGGGAAGAUCAUCCCGGCCAUCGCCACCACCACGGGCGCCGUGGUGGGACUGGCCUGCCUCGAGCUCUACAAGCUGGUCCAGGGCCACCGGCGCCUCAGCUCCUACCGCAACUCCUUCCUCAACCUGGCGCUGCCCUUCGUCGCCUGCUCCGAGCCCAUCGCCUGCCCCCGCAACAAGUACUACGACGUGGAGUGGACACUGUGGGACCGGUUCGAGGUGCAGGGGCUGCAGCCCGACGGGCAAGAGAUGACGCUGCGCCAGUUCCUCGCCUACUUCAAGAAGGAGCACCGCCUGGAGAUCACCAUGCUGUCCCAGGGCGUCUCCAUGCUCUACUCGUUCUUCAUGCCGGCGGCCAAGCUGCGCGAGCGCCACGACCAACCGAUGACGGAGAUCGUGGCGCGCGUGUCCAAGAAGAAGCUGGGUCGCCACGUGCGGGCGCUGGUCUUCGAGCUUUGCUGCAACGACGACACCGACAACGACGUGGAGGUUCCCUACGUGCGCUACACCAUCCGCUGACCCCGCCCACCGCCCCCUGACCACACCCCCCGCCCCGCCGGACACACCCCCUCCACCAGACCCCGCCCCCCCCCCCCCCAACCCUAUUGGUUGCCCUUUAGUUGUUGUUGUGUCUUGGCCCUGCCCACACACCCCCCACCCAACAUGGGAGGGGGCGGGGCUUGAGGGGGGUGGGGGGGGAGGGCGGGGCCGGGGACCUGCCCAAUAAAAAUAGACGUUGGCAAAA